CUCUCUCUCUCUCUCUCUCUCUCUCUCUCUCUCUCUCUCUCUCUCUCUCAGGUUUAGUUAGUUGACAAUGGCGGGAAUAGCUAUGGCCUUGGAUCUGUUGAGGAAAACCCCAACUUCAUACAAUACACUUCACUCUUGUGCGUUCAUUUCUGCCACGGCUGCUGCCUCUGCUGCCGCUGGAACCCCUUAUGCCUAUAAAGCUUUAUUUGGUAAUUUCAGGAUACCAAUUGUUCAAUGCGAUGCUGCUGGUGCAUUGGGUUCUGAUGAUUAUGCAACUAGUUUCAAAUCUGUAUCUGAAAAACUCUUUCAGAAUGAUGCUCUUAAAUGCAGUAGUACUAAUAAGGAGUACAAAAUUGAGUUAAAGCCUCUGUUUUCGGCUUUUAAGUUUAGGCCCCUAGCAGUGAUUAUCUUGAGGUCGUUUUUAAUCUUCUAUUCACAAUUGGAGCCUCGUACGGAUGAUGAUGAUGAGGAUGAGCAGCCUGUAGACUAUGUUGCUGCCCUUAAAAAAACAGUAAUACAUUUCUGUCGUGAGACUGCUACUGCCUCAACUAGACCAAUUUUGGAAAGAGUGGCUGUUCAUCAUGUUUCCAAGCGAAUGGCAUGGAAACUUCUAAAAGAUGUUCCAAAAUCAGCCACACGCAAGGCCAGCAGAGGAAUGUCUGCUUAUGUUUUCUUUUUUAGAGUUGGCAAAACAACUUUCAGAGGACAUCUUCUUGGAAUUGCAACAUUAUGGAGUGUCCAAGUUGGCUCUGCGUUUUACGGAUUCAUCAUUCGAUUGCUGAAUUCGAAAGAAGAAGAGGGUCAGGGUGAUGAAGUUAAACUUCUGCGAAAGAAGGUUUCUUGUGUUACAAUCAUAUUAGGUUCAUCACUAAUUUUUGCUUCUAUUGGAGCUGGAAUUGGUGCAGUUUUAAUUCACCCUUCGGUUGGUCAAUCUAUAGGCUGUUGGGUAGGGGAUUUUGUAGGGCCUGCUAUUGUAUACAUUUUCGUCAAAAAAAUGUUUAGUAUUGAAAUUUUGUAGGUUCUAAACAUAAUCUAUCUAUUUAAAUGUUUUGCUCACUCUGCAUAUUGAGUCACUGCUGUUGAUAGAAUUUUCAGGAGGAUAAUCUAAUCCCUGUAAAAUGUGAAUGUGGAUAGGAUAGUUAAUAAAGUCAAAGUGAAUCUCAACUCUCAAGCAAACCAAUUUAAAGGGACAUAGAGCUUUGUAUAUUAGUAUGUACAAAGUUAUUUAUUUGAAUUAUUAUUAGAGAUGGAAGAUUUUAUUGGUUGGGAACAUAUAUGCUCACAACCAAUUACCAAUAAAUAUAUAUUGUCUGGC